CUGAGUUCCGAGGGCAAUUUGAACUAAUUUAGUACGAAUUUAGUAUCGGUUAUAAACUCAUGUUUAUCUCUGGCUUCGAUUGACCGUUACAGUAAGGUGUAAAGUUGAAACAAUGGCAGGUUCGGGUAUUGAGCACUAUUUAUUUGACAUUGUGCAGUCAGACAGUGUCAACACAAUGGCAAAGCUGGCAGCGCUCUCAGUCCUAAAGAGUAUGAUAGAAAAAGACAGUAAACUUCAGGACAAAUGUUUGGAGAAGGAGUGUGUUACAGUGCUGAUGGCAGCUCUAGAAACUGGCUUGGAGGAGAAUGAUGAUCCAUCCCAUAUUGUGUAUAUUUCAGUUGCCAUGGAAAUCAUUUUCAUACUUUCCCAACGGCCUAUUUGCUCCAUACAGACUCUGGUCACUGAAGAAGUUAUAAGGAUGUUUUUGGAGUAUGUAAAUCCAUCAGGACAGUUUUAUAUGUUUCCAAACAAUUUGAAACAGGUGCUUGCAGAUUUAUGUGAGAAAAAACACAUGAUUGGCAAGGUGAAGGUCGUUACCAUGGCAACUGAGCCCAUUGAGUACAUUCACAGACACACAAAGAAUAAGUUUAAAAGGUUCCAGUGUAUCCCAGAUAAACUGAAGGUCUGUGAUGUGUAUAACACGGAGGGGGAGACUGAUGUCUGUAUCACAGAUCACCUUAUACAUAACCAUCGGGCCUGGCCAGGAGCGUUUCCUUUUGACAGUUCCUCCAAUGACCCUGAUGACCAAUGGAAGGACAUCUUGGUCACACAAGUGCUUGAUGGCGGCAUGUUUUGGGCACAGGUUGGAGAAUCAUGCAUCAAGAAAGUCAUAAUGAUCCAGCAAGAAUUGAACAAUGGUCACCCCCUCGUAAAGAGACAUCUACCACGGGGCGGUCAUGUUGUUGCUGUAGAAACAAAUAUUCUUGGGGAAACCUGUUUCAUUAGAGCACAGGUGAUGUCCCUAGGUGUAAGCAGUUUGGAGAUGUUUGCAGUUGACUAUGGUUACGUGCUGCGGGUGCCUGAAGCUGCCAUUUACUCUCUUCCGGACAGUCUUAGCCUGAAAUCUCAGCCUAGGAAAAUUUCUUUGUGUGCCCUUUCAGGUAUAGCCCCAGCCCCAUAUGAUGAAAGCCUUACUCAGAAUGCACUUGCAAUACUGGCCAACUUAUGUCGUCAGAGUCUUCCCGCAGGUCAGAUGUUUGGCUCGAUGGAUGGUCUUGCCAUAUUAAAGCAGGUGCUAGUAGGUUCCCCAUGUGUGCCUGUGCGAACUCAAGCCCUAACCCUCCUACAUAACCUUACUACAAACUACCGUCUGGCCGAAACGAUCACUCAACUGGAUUUUAUACAGAUACUCCUAGAUAUUCUUCGAAGCUACACAGAUCACCAUGAUGUUGAAGUGUUCAGGGAAAACACAGAAGAUCGUGUGCUCAUAGCUCGAUGUAUUAUGAGUCUCAGCAACAUGAUGCAUUGCUUGCCAGAAAAUAGGGGAGUCUUCUACAAGAAACAUGGUCUGGAGCUGAUACUGCAGAUUAUCCGCAGUGUUAGCACAAAGAACAUGCUGUAUACCAUGGCAACCAAACUGCUCAAGGUGUUUGUUGGCAGAGCAACCCUCAGUAUGUCUCACAGCAGAGAUUUUGGGCGACAAAACAGUGGUCCGGAAGCCUCUGGUCAAGCUGUCCACAAGUCAAGCACCCAGAGUUCAUUGGAUGAGCAGGAUGAGUACUUUGAAGAUUCUGAUAUUGAGGAAGAUUUUACAAGCAGCUUAGAGCAUGCUGGCAGUCAGAGCGGCGGUGAUUUGAAGUACGUUCUUGGCCAACGUAUGAGGAUCGAAGACGACGACACACAUGAACUGUAUUCAAGUAAAAAAGCAAAGGAUAUAAAACGGGAGGAGCUUGCUAAACAUGUUUGUGGGAUGCUUAAUAGAGGCUUUGGAGGGACCAUUUAUUGUGGCCUUGGAAAAGACAGUCAAGUCCUUGGGCUUGAACUGUCUAGGGAUGAGAAGGACCAGUUUCGCCUUGGAAUUGAUCAGAUGAUGGUUGACUGGAUCGAACCAGUUCUCUUCCACUCGCAGUUUGAGUUUAGUGCUUGUCCAGUAUAUGAUCCCAACACACAAGAACUUAUUCAAGACCUAUUUGUUAUUGAAAUUCAAGUCAAGUCAAGUAUCGGGUGUGUAUACAUGAUUAAGAAUGGGGGCUGUUACUGGAGAUACGAGGGUAGCACAGUUCUCAUUUCUAGACAGGAGCUGCGACAGAUUGUGAGUCUGGAAGAGGAACGAAUCUACAAUGCUGAGAUUCGCAGACUCCAAGCCAUUAAAGACAGACUUGUCCAAAAAUUGACAGUUAAAUGACAUGUGCAUGACAAAAGUUGGAAGAAUUAAAAAAAUCACAACAGAAUGACAGGAGUAUUUUGAAAGUUGGUUAACAUAUUUACCACAAAAUGACCAGGGUAUUGUCAAAAAUUUCCCAGUUGGUUGAAAGAUAGCAAACAUGUGUAUAUGUUUUAUAAAGUGUUUGAAUCAGUCUAGUCAAAAAACACUAAGUGUUGUCUGUCUCCUGGUGUACCAGUAAUCAGUUACAUAAAAAUAGGAAGAAAAAAAUAUUGAACAUGUGUACAUCUGGGUAAUCAGUUACAUAAAAAUAUUGUACACGUGUACAUCUGGGUAAUCAUUUACCUAAAAAUAUGAAGAAAAACAAAUUGAACAUGUGUACAUCUUUAUCAUCAGUUACCUAAAAAUGUUAAGAAAAAGAUAUUGAACACUUUUACAUCUGGAUAAUCAUUUACUUAAAAAAAUCAAGAAAAAAAUAUUGAACAUGUGUACUUCUGUUUAAUAAGUGUUUGAAAUAAUCUAAUCUAAAAUCACAAUGCUGCCUGUCUGCUAUUGUAAACUACAUGAAAUAAAAACCUCAAAGUGAAUUUUUCUUGUUUGACCAUUUGUACAGCUGUAAAGUGUUUGAAAUAGUCUAAUCUAAAAACUCAAAAUUCUGCCUGUCUCCUUGUGUAAACUACCUCAAAAUAAACUACCUCAAAAUAGAAAACCUCAAAAUACAAUUUUACUUGUUUGAACAUGUGUUCAGUUGUUUUAACAGAACAGAACAAAACAUUGAUUUGAAUGUUAAUUGUACCCCAUUUUUAUUGGGAUUAGCUUUUUCAAUGCUUUAUUACAUUUCUUGUUUUCUAUACUAG